AAAUUAAAUUUCCCUAAAAUUCAAAAGUGUAGUUUACUAACCGUUUUUACUUUUGUCUGUUUAUAUUUGAAGUUCAAGCAAUUUUAGUGUUUGAAGCUAUUUUGGUGGUGUAUUAUUUUAUCCAGAGGCCGCAAAGUGGCUUCUCAUCACAAUGUACAUAAAAUCGGUGGUUUUGGACGGUUUCAAGUCUUACGGCCACCGUACUGAAAUUUCGGGCUUUGAUAAGGCAUUUAAUGCUAUCACAGGCCUUAACGGCAGUGGUAAAUCAAACAUUCUCGAUUCCAUAUGUUUCGUUUUAGGAAUCACGAAUUUGAGCCAUGUCCGUGUGGGCAAUUUACAAGACCUGAUUUACAAAAGUGGCCAAUGUGGUAUUGAUAAGGCCACUGUGUCUAUCACUUUUGAUAAUUCAAACCCUGAUCAGUGCCCCCCAGGUUUUGAAGAUGUCUCAGAGAUUACCAUAUCAAGACAGAUCGUUAUGGGUGGAAAAAGUAAAUAUAUGAUCAACGGAAUGUCAGUUCAAAAUAAGAAAGUCCAUGAUUUAUUUUGUUCUAUACAACUGAACGUAAAUAAUCCCCAUUUUUUGAUUAUGCAAGGGAAAAUCACCAAAGUUUUAAAUAUGAAGCCAUUUGAAAUUUUAGGCAUGAUAGAGGAGGGGGCUGGCACAAAAAUGUAUACAAGUAAAAGAGACGAUACCUUAAAAACAAUUCAGAAAAAGGAUGCCAAACUCACAGAACUUCAAUCUAUAAUGAAUGAGGUGGUUACACCUAGACUGGAAAAAUUAAGAGCAGAAAGAACCAAAUAUGUGGAGUUUAAGAACAUAGAAAGGGAAUUGGACCACAUGUUACGCCUCUAUAAAGCUUGGGAAUUUGUCGCGUCGAAAAGGAGGUAUUUAGAAGUGAAAAACACUCUUGAAAAUGAAGAAAACGAUUUGAAAAAUAUUGAAGAAGAAAAGACAGCUCAUAAAAGCAGAAUUAAAGAGUUGGAUGGAAUUAUUAAGGAAUUAACAAAAAAGGCAGAAGCGGAUGGGAACCAAAAUUUGGAAAAACUCGAACAAGAAAUAAGAACAGCGGAGAAAUCCCAAGCCAAAGUGAACGCAAACAUAAAGUCAAUUAACGACGAAAUUGAGAAUGAAACCAAGAGAAAAACACAAUUAGAAAAGAACUUAGCCGACGACGAAAAAACCCUCAAAGUCAAAGAAUCCAACUUGGCUAAAGUCGAAUCGACCUUCCUCAAACUCAAAGCAGCCGACGAAAAGGACAAAGAAGCUUUCGUCAUCUCCCAAAAACGGGUUGUGGCUUUAAGCGCCGGCAUGGAACUCAACGACCAAGGCGAAGCCGAGUCGCUUCUCGCACAAUUGAUGAACAUGCGUCAGAAAGCCUCUGAAGAAAUUAACAAAAAAAACUGCACUCUCGUAAAACUCAAAUAUUACGAAGACCGACUCAAAGAAAAACAAGUGAAAGGCGUUAACUCCAACGAAAUUAUAAAAGACCAGCAGAUGCAAAAGAAUAUGAGCCAGGAAAUCGAUCAACUGAAGGCCGCUAUGAAAAAAAUGCAUUUUAAGGAGGAUCGGAUGAACGAUUUGAAGAAUAGAAGAACGCAGUUGUCGGAAGAAAUGAAGGUUUUGAGAAGACAAGUUGACAAUUUUGAGAUGCGAAAUUCGUUUACUCAAUUCAGAUAUAGAGACCCCGAACCCAAUUUUAAUAAAAAGAGUGUUAUGGGAGUCGUUUGUCGAUUGUUUAAGGUGAAAGACGAGACGGCAUGUUAUGCUGUGGAAAUGGCAGCCGGUGGUCGGUUAUACAAUGUUGUUAUAGAUUCCGAUAUUACCGGCAAAAAGUUACUUAAACACGGCGAUUUACAGCAGAGAAGGACUUUCAUCCCACUUAAUAAAAUUCAAGUAAAUAAAAUGAGCAACAGUGUUGUUAAAAGAGCCGAGGAUUUAGUCGGUAAAGAAAACAUAAAGCUGGCUUUGGACUACUUGAGUUAUGAUAAAAAAAUGCAAAGCGUUAUGGAACACAUUUUCGGAAAUGUGUUCAUUUGUAAGGAUAUGUCUGUGGCAAGGCGGGUCGCCUUUGAUAAUAGGAUUAGACGCAAAUGUGUGACGCUAGAUGGCGACAUCGUCGAUCCUGCGGGAACAUUAACUGGGGGUUCCCGGGAGCAAACUGAAUCGGUUUUAAAACAACUCGAUUCCAUACAACAAAUCGAACAACAACUCAGCGCGAAAGAGCACGAAUUUGAAAAAAUCGAGUCCGAAAUCCGCGAAAUAGGUCUCAAAGAGGAACAAUUCAUGACUUACCGAAGAGAGUUGGAGUUAAAAGAACACGAAUUGAAUUUGAUUACGGAAAGAUUGCAACAGUCGACAUAUUAUCAGCACAAGGAAGAAAUCGCGAAUUUAGAGAAAGAAAUAAAAAAUCUCAAAGAAACAAUCGCUUCUUGUGAAGAAAAUGAGAAGAAACUUAACGAAAAAGUGAAGAGUUUGGAGGAGAAGGUUGCAGGUUCGAAAGGUGGAAUCGAACAGAAGUUAAAAGAGGCUCAAGCAGAAAUGGCAAGAUUGAAAGCAAAAGCGGAUAAAAGUAAGAAACAGUGGGAAGAGAAAGAGUUGGAUUACGCAACGUUCAAAGGGGAAAUUGAGGAGUUGAAGCAGAGUUUGCUGGAUACGAAACAGCAGAUUGAAGCGGCUGAAGCAAAUAUCAUGCAGCUGAAACAGAAACUUGAAGAAAUCGGGACUCAAUCCACAGAUAUGAAUGCAAACAUCGCGGAAUUGCAAGCUGAACUGAAGAAAGGCAAAGCAGAAAUCGUCGAGAAAAACAAAGAUGUACAAAAGAAAGUCAAUGAGAAGGAAGAAUUACAGUCGAAAAUCACCCAGUGUGAAAUCAGAAUCAAAGAAUCAAGUCAUAAAUUGAAAAAACUACAAGACGAAUGUAAAAAUCUUAAGGGGCGCCAAGCCGAUUGUCAGCAACGAGUUAAAGGCGACGAGGUGAAAACGGCCGAGCAAAUGUCAGAAGAAGAAGGCCAAGAAUUGGAAAAAAAAAUUCGAAAAUUUCAAGAAAUGAAAAAGUCCCUUGGUCGAACUGUCAAUAGUCAAGCGCAGGUUCAUUUUGAACAACAAGAAAAAGAGUACAACGAGGUUAAGAAAAAAUUACGAAUAGUCGAACAAGAUAAACGGACUCUACUCGAUGCUAUAAAAGAGUUAGAUUUGAGGCGAGAAGAGAUUGUGUGCAAGGCCCACGAACAAAUUUCUAGAGAUUUCGGCUCGAUUUUCAGCACGUUGUUACCGGGGGCUACUGCUAAAUUGUUACCGCCGACUGGACAAACUAUUCUUCAAGGAGUCGAAAUUAAAGUCUCACUUGGAGGCAUUUGGAAAGACAGCUUGACGGAAUUAAGCGGAGGUCAGCGAUCUUUAGCAGCCCUGUCUCUAAUCCUCGCCAUGUUGUUAUUCAAACCGGCGCCAUUGUACAUUUUAGAUGAAAUUGAUGCCGCUUUGGAUCUGUCACACACGCAGAAUAUCGGUCGUAUGUUGAAGACACAUUUCAAAAAAUCGCAAUUCAUUGUGGUGUCUCUCAAAGACGGCAUGUUCAGCAAUGCUAAUGUUCUUUUCAAAACGCAAUUCGUAGAUGGCGUUUCCACCGUCACGAGGACCGCCAACUAAAGUACAAUUUAAUUAUAUGGUUACUUAUUAGUUAAAUAUUGCUUUUUAAAAUAAAUUUUGUAUGAUAAAAGGCCGAAAGAACGUGAUUCAAU